GUCCGGGCACAGGAGGCUCCGGGGCUCUGCGCAGCUUCGGCCUCCCGGCCAGGGGGGGGAGCUCCUUCCGACGGCAGGGGCGGCGCUCAGAUGGGCGGCCUGGGAAAGCGAGAGCGGAGCUCAAGGGGGCCCCGAAGCGGCGCCUGGGAGGGGAGGGGCUGCUGCUCCUUCUUCCCCGGGCGCUCUCCUCGGGCUGUCUGCGCCCAGCGAAGCGCCCCCAACCCCGGCGCUGUCCAGGGCUCCGCCGGCUGCUCUCUGCAGCGACCCCAGCCCGUCCAGCGGGGGCGGUGUCGGGGCACGGAGCGCGGCUCUCCCGGGCUAAGGCGUUGGCUGGUCCCGCAGCCCCGGAUCGCGCCGGGCUUCGGCGUGGCGGCGGCUCGUCUGUCCGCGGGGGCCCGCGGGGCUCCGCUUGGGCAGGGCCGGCCGGCGGGGCUCUUCUGCGCGCGGGGCUCGCGGAGCGCAGGAGGAGCCACUCGAGCGGGUUAGGUAUGGUGGGCCGGGCCGGGCCGGGCCGAGCGGGCAGCGCCACCUUCGGAAGCCGGACCGGCCGAGGAGCCUCCGCGGGAAGCCCCGACAAGCGUAUACCACAAUUGCUACUGAAAACCUGACUUCUUUCAAGAUCUUUUAAUAGGUGCCAGCCCCCUGUUGCGAGUUGUCCGGAGGGCUGCCCCUGCUGUGGCCGAUGCCCCCCCUGGGCAGCCCCUUCCUCUGUGCGGCCCCCCCGGAGGAUCCACGCUGGGGCAAGGCCGCCGCCUGGCGGGAGAGCACGGGGGCCCUCCGGGCGUGGCUGGGCCAGCAUCUCCAGAACCCCUACCCCAGCAAGGGGGAGAAGAUCCUGCUGGCUGUGCUGAGCCAGCGCAGCCUCAGCCAGGUCUCCACCUGGUUUGCCAACGCCCGCCGGCGCCUCAAGAAGGAGAACCGGCUGCGCAGCGGCCCUCGGCUGCUCACGGCUUCGGGCGAGGAAGAGGAAGAGGAGGAAGAGGAGAAGGGGCAGGCUGGAGGCCAGCAGGCAGACUCAGGCGGGAGCCCCCAGGCCCCCUGGGGAGGCUCCAGGGCUGGAGGUCCCGGACGAGACCCAGACCCCCUCGCCUCUCUCGACCGGGCUGAACCAGAGAGGAGCCCUCCUGGGCCCCGGCUGUGGAGCGUGGCCGAGCCAGCCCCUCACCUCGUGCCUGGGAGGCCUCCCCAGUGGGGGUGGGGCCUCCGUCCCCUGAGAACUCUGGCCUCUGGCCUCUGGGAACACCCCAGCUGUGCCCCCGGGGAGGGGCGGGGAGAGGGGCCACCCCUGGGCUCUGAGCCCUGGGGGCCCCCUGAGGAGUCAAGAAAGAGGCGUCGCUCUGCCCUCUCCCGGCUGGUGUGCCCUGGAGGUGGACUACAAUCCCCAGCACUCUCAGCUGGCAUGUCAGCUGGUCGUGCAGACCUGUGGCUCCGCACAUCUGGAGUGUGCCAGGCUGGGGAGAGCCAGGGGCAGCAGGGGGGAGUGUGUGGCAGGGGCCCUUCCCCACACGGGCACGGAAGGCAGCCCCGGGAUGGGCCCAGUGGGCAGGCAGGGCGGUCCUCUGAGGCCCUGGGUGGCACUUCGGUGAGCCAGGGGCUCUUCCUCUCCCGGGGCAAGCAGAGCGAGGGGAAGACCCUCCUCCAGAUGUCCACAGGGGUCCAGAACUCGUGGGAAGCCGGCAGGAAGUCGUAGGCGUGUGGGGUCCUUGCUUAACAACCUGGCGGUGCGCUUUGCAACCACCUCAGCGAUGGAAAUUCCACUCCCGACUGCUGUCAUUAAGUGGAGAUUUCCUGUAUGACUUCCCAGGUCAGGACUCGAUUUAUGACCACAACUGAGCCGAAAAUUUCCGUUGCUACGCAAGACCGUUGUUAAGUGAGUUUUGUCCCAUUUUACGACCUUUCUUGUCACAGUUGUUAAGCGAAUCACUGCAGUUUUUUAGUA